UAUCUUUAUUUCAGAAAAUCUGUUGGUGCUUACGGUAGCGACCAAAGAAACAGAUGGCUUCAAACGUUUCAUGCAGACAGCUCAACAUCUCAACUAUACAGUCAAGGUACUUGGUGCAGCGGAAGAGUGGCGUGGGGGAAACAUACCUCACACAAUUGGUGGAGGACAGAAAGUGCGACUGUUGAAGGAAGAGAUGCAAAAUCACGCUGACCGCGAUGAUCUUGUGGUGCUGUUCACUGACAGUUAUGAUGUUCUCUUUGCGGGUGGACCUGAGGAACUACUGAACAAGUUCCAGCAGUUCAACCACAAGGUGGUAUUCGCUGCUGAAGGGCUGAUCUGGCCAGAUAACAGGCUUGCAGACAAAUAUCCCAAGGUUCGCAGUGGAAAGAGAUUUCUUAAUUCAGGAGGAAUCAUUGGCUAUGCUUCUUCUAUAAAUCGCAUUGUAGAGAAAUGGCAACUUCAAGAUAAUGACGAUGAUCAGCUGUUCUAUACCAAAACUUACGUUGAUGCUUUAAAGCGACUUUCUCUCAACAUAACUUUGGAUCACAAAAGCAAAAUUUUCCAAAAUUUGAAUGGAGCUGUAGAUGAAAUCGACUUGCAGUUCGAGCCAACAAGGGUCAGAGCCAGGAAUAUAAUAUUCGAAACAUUACCCGUCCUCAUCCAUGGCAACAGACAGACUAAACACCUGCUGAACUAUCUUGGUAACUAUGUCCCUGAUGCCUGGACCUCAGAUUUAGGCUGCACAGUUUGUAAUGAAGAUUUGUUGGACCUAUCUACGUUGGAUGAAUACCCCAGCGUGACUGUUGGCAUAUUCAUUGAACAGCCAUCACCUUUUCUUCCGGAGUUUUUGGAAAGACUUCUGACCAUCAAUUAUCCAAGGGAGAAGCUUAAAUUCUUCAUUCACAAUAAAGAGGUUUACCAUGAGAGACACAUACACAAAUUCUGGGAGAAACACAAAGAUGAACUUGACGUGAAAUUUGUGGGUCCUGAGGAGAUCCUGAGUGAAGGAGAUGCCAGGAAUAUGGGAAUAGAUUACUGUCGCCAGGAUCCAGAAUGUGAUUAUUACUUCAAUCUCGAUUCCGAUGUUGUCUUGACAAACCCAGAUACUCUGAAAAUAUUAAUUGAGCAAAACAGGAGGAUAAUCGCACCAAUGGUCACCCAGCAUAAAAAACUGUGGUCCAACUUCUGGGGUGCUCUGAGUCCCGAUGGUUACUAUGCCCGCUCUGAGGAUUAUGUUGAUAUUGUCGAAGGAAAUAGAAUAGGUAUCUGGAACGUUCCCUACAUAGCACACGUGUACCUUAUCAAAGGAACUGCCUUGAGAACAGAGUUAAAAGAGAAAAAUUAUUUUAACCAGGACAUGAUGGACUCUGAUAUGUCACUUUGCAGAAAUAUCAGGGAACAGGGCAUUUUCAUGUAUGUUACGAAUCUGCGUGAAUUUGGACGGCUCCUUUCAACUGAAAAUUAUAAUGCCUCACGUGUGCACGGUGAUCUGUGGGAAAUAUUUUCCAACCCAUUGGAUUGGAGGGAUAAAUACAUUCAUCCAAGCUACACAGAAAUAUUCACGGGGAAUGUGGUUGAAGAGCCAUGCCCAGAUGUCUUCUGGUUCCCAAUAUUUUCGGAGACAACGUGUGAUGAACUCGUGGCGGAAGUGGAAAACUAUGGCGUUUGGUCUGGUGGGAAAAACGAGGAUAAGCGUCUUGUUGGUGGAUAUGAGAAUGUUCCUACUGAUGACAUUCACAUGACCCAGGUUGGACUGGAUCAGGUGUGGCUCCACUUCAUUCGGGAGUAUAUUGCACCAGUGGCACUCAAGCUUUUCUCUGGCUAUCACACCAAGGGCUUUGCCAUGCUGAACUUUGUUGUAAAGUAUACACCAGAGAGACAGGCUUAUCUAAGGCCUCACCAUGAUUCCUCCACGUUCACUAUAAACAUCGCCUUAAAUAAUAAAGGAAUAGACUAUCAGGGUGGAGGUUGCAAAUUCCAUCGAUAUAACUGUGCUGUCGAGUCCCCCAGGAAAGGCUGGAGUUUUAUACAUCCAGGAAGACUAACUCAUCUUCACGAAGGGCUUCCAACUACAAAUGGAACGCGAUACAUUGCUGUGUCUUUUGUUGAUCCAUAGACCUUUAAUGUCCUUGCAUUUGCGUGAACACUCAAAAUAUGAUUAAGAGGCUUGACUUCCUGAACACCCAAUUCCUCAAUCCAUGAUGUAAUGGGAUAGAAAUCUGUCUCGGACGGUGAGGCAGAGUGGCUGAUACUGGAUUAGCUGCUCACUAUGCAGGGGCUGAGUUCUGUUGAGCUAAGUAUCUCAUGUCCUGAGUAAUACAGGCUGCUGAUCCAAUAUUGCUCACUUUCGCUCUUUCACUGGAGAUGAAUUUCUACCCCAAAAUAUUAGAAACAAAUGCUGAACCUGCCUUGCGAUUGAAAAAUUUAUCAUUUUUAAAAAUCACAUUUCUAUUAAACUUAAUUGAUUUAUAGAGUCAUAAGUCUUACAGGCGUACA